AUGGUAGAUGAUCCAUCAACAGAUGAAUUGAUCCGUUGGUCAGAUGAUGGUUUAUCUUUUGUUGUUAUCCGUCAUGAAGAAUUUGCAAAGAGAGUGCUACCUCGUUUCUUCAAGCACAGUAAUUUUUCUUCAUUUGUACGUCAGUUGAACAUGUAUGGAUUCCAUAAGGUACCUCAUCUUCAAAACGGUGUACUUAAUACAACAGGAGAAGCAGAGCGUUGGGAGUUUAGUAAUCCUCAUUUUCAGCGUAAUCAACCUGAUUUGCUUCUGUUAGUUACAAGAAAGAAAGGUCGUGAUCCUGAAGAGAAGGAAGCAGGGGCAGUAGAUCUUCAUUAUAUUCUUGAUGAAAUUGCUGCUAUUAAAAAACAUCAAAUGUCUAUUAGUAAUGAAUUAAAAAAUGUUCAAAAUGAUAAUCAAAUAUUAUGGCAAGAGAAUAUUGCAACAAAGGAAAGAUACCAUCGACAUCAAGAAACAAUUGAUAAAAUUUUGCGAUUUUUGGCUUCUGUCUUUUCAAAUGAUAAGAAUAAACAUGUCGUGAUUCCUCGAAAACGUCAGUAUUUAUUAGGAGAUGGCACAACACAAAAAGAAAGUAAAGAUCAGUUACCCACAUCUCAGAAUAAGAAAAGACGAUGUAGCAAAAUAGAAGAUGUAGAUGAAGAUCAUGAGCCUCCUUUAAAAUCACCUCAGAAGACAUGUAGUUUCGAUAUCUCUGAUUAUGUAAAUGAUACAAAUGAUAUUGAAAAGGAGACAACAAGUCAUGCUUUAUUGAAACCUAUUCAAGAGGAAUCUUCGUUACCACAUCCUCCAACUUCUAGUACUGCUACUGCUGAUCUUCAAGCUGCUAUUGCUCUAAAUGAUCAAACUAAAAAAGAUAAUGCAGCAUCAUUAGCCUUACCUGCGCUUAAUCUGACCAUAAAUAAUGGAAUAGAUAUACCAGCAAAUACAACUACAGCAUCAACAAUGCCCACUAAUAGUAUUCCUGAUAUUACAUCACUUUUUAACUCACCCCACUUUCAAGGAUUAGUUAAUUUAGCUCAAGCAAAUCCUGCUUUAUUCAAUCAGUUAACUAAUAGUAAUUAUUUUGAUAUUUCAAAUCAGUUUUUAGCUAACAAAGCAGAAACCACAAAUUCUGGUACAACUACAGCUAUUAGUUCACCGACCACCACUGUGGAUACACCUACGACGAUUACUAUGCCUACAACUCCUGGAGAAUUGGAAUCUAGCUUAAAGACGCUUGCCAAUGAGCUUGGACUUGAGACUGAUGGCAGUGGUAAUCAACUGAGUUAUGUCAACAUGGAUGAUUUUUUGACUACUUACGGUGAGUUAAAAAAAAAAAAAUAA